CUCUCUCUCUUCUUCUCCUUCCACUCUCCAAUUAUCCAAGAAGAAAAACUUCUCCUCCAGACUCUGCAGAGAUUGAGAUUUUACGGGAGCUAUCUUCGGGAUUAUGCUCGUUUCGAGCGGGAAUAACGAUGUAGGGAGUGAAGUGAAAAGAGGCCUGGACUUUUCUUUCCCCUCUGGACAAACUGCGGAGGACGUAAACUUUUUACGGCUUUCACUCCGCGGGUAAUGAUCGAUAUUUGUGAUCGGCGCCUGACUCACUGCAGCUUUUCUUUGUCAAUAAAUGUACACAUUUUUUUCAAAGAGCCUCGUCUCUAUGGAAACAAGCUGAAGGAGGAUUUCCACACCUCAGGAAUUUUCCACGCCACCAAAAAAAACCUGAAGCGUCCGUGAACGCAGCACGGAGCUAGCUAGCUAGUUGGUGUUGUUGUUUUUUUACACUUUUAGCGUAAAACUACGACUUAAACGCUCGCUCCGUGUUACGUCAACGUGCGCUGCGAUGUUUUUAACGCGGAGUUAACGUCACUAGGAGGCUGCGUGAACGUGGUUCCCGGUGUUUUGGGGAGUGUUUUUCUUUGUUUUUGUUGUUUUUUAAUGAAAGUGUGACUUUGGUUAGCUUAGCGCUGGAAACAUGCCGCAGCUGAGCGGAGACGACCUGGGAGCGAACGACGAGCUCAUCCCGUUCAAAGACGAGGGCGAGCUGGAGGAGAAGCGGAGCGUGUCCGCGCACCGAGACCUGGACGACGUCAAGUCUUCUCUGGUCAACGAGUCCGAGACCAUCAGCAGCUCCGACUCCGAGACAGACAGACGUCCCAAACCCCGCCCAGACCUGGAGAACAGGGCCAGACACAGUCAGCUGUUUGAAGAAGCUCUGAGGAGGCAGCAGGACGCCGGUCUCUUCCAGCCCUCGCCGUACAUGGGUUAUCCUUUCUUCAUGAUCCCAGACCUCGGGAACCUCUGUAAUCCCUACCUCACCAAUGGAGCCCUCGCAUCAAGUGCCCAGAUGUAUCUGCCGUUUCAGUGGCCUGUCCUGGACGUCCCGGGACGAUCGGCAGCCGUCAGAGACGCUGUGUCUCCUGCACAGCUGUCUAACAGCGUCCCAGUGGUGCAGCGUCCUCCUCACAUGUCUCACCUGCACCCUCUGCUGUCCUACAGCCCAGAGGCCUUCUCUCCUCAGAGAGCCUCACCUGGAUUCUCUCCUGACGCAGGUGUGUCAAGGACUCUUCCCACUCCCUGCUACCCCAUGUCUCCUGGAGGCAUGACUCAGAUUCCACACCCACUCGGAUGGCUGCAGGGACAGUCCAUGUAUCCCAUUGCAGGGGGGUUUUCACCUGUUGCUCUGUCGAGUCUGAUGUCAGGUGGUUUCUCUCCACGCUUGGUUCCCACGCCUCAGUCGUCCAUUCCUCACCCGGCCAUCGUCUCCACUGUGGUGAAGCAGGAGCCGGGCGGCGGCUGCAGCAGCAGUCAGCACGAGAACGUAAAGUGUGACGCUGCUCAGGAGAAAGAAGACGAUAAGAGAAACUACGUGAAGAAACCGCUCAACGCCUUCAUGUUGUACAUGAGGGAGGAGCGGCCUAAGGUGGUCGCUCAGUGCAAAGUGAAGGAGAGCGCCACCAUCAACCAGAUACUGGGACAGCGGUGGCACUCUCUGUCCAAGGACGAUCAGUCCAAAUAUUACGACCUGGCUCGUAAAGAAAGACUCCUGCACUCUAAGCUGUACCCGGGCUGGUCUGCCAGAGAAAACUACGGUAAAAAGAAGAAGAGGAAGAGGACGAAGAGUGAGACGGAGCAGAUGGCAGCAGACGAUUUGUCCCCACAGCUGAAGAGACCGUGUGUCUCCACCGCGGCCGACGAGACACCGCACACGCACCCCCACACGCCGCUCGCACACCCUCCCCCACAGACUGCACACGCCCACAGCCGCCCUCACACCGUCUCCCACCUGACACACACACACCUGUCCCAGGCGAGCCCCGCCUCCUCGCUGGACUCCCCGGCCACGCCCACCACAUCCCUGGCCUCGCCCGGCGCUCCAGCACCGACGCACACCGACCACGCGCACUCGUCCUUCAGCCACAGCGGACACAUGUCGCCGUACGGCGAGCAGCUUCAGCCGCUACCCCUCACCACCAAACCCCACCGGCCCGCACAUCUGCUGAUCCACCGCGCUGCCACCGUCACCCCGGGACCCUCCACGCCGUCGUCCUCGUCCUCCGACACGCCCGCCCUGUCCCCGCUCACCGCUGCGUGCAGGAGUCCUCUCCCUCCUCCUCUCCUCUCUCAGCCGUUCCUGGCCCCGCCUCCUACCUCCACUCACCAAUCAGCAGCGAGCUCUCACGGUGCCUUAGCUCAGCUGCUCAGACGAGCCCAUCAGCCAUGAGCAGCCCAUAAUAAAAACCUCUGUAAAUAACUGUUUUUUUAAAGACUUUUUUAAAAAAAGAUGAUGUAUCACAUUUUAUUUUGCUAUAAAAAAUUAGUCAAUAUUUGACUCUAACUUUUUAAAAACUCACUUUUUCUAACGACGUUUUGCAGAUAAUCACACGUUUGUUUUUAAAGCUUUUGUUUAAAAGGCUUUUUCUCACAUGGUUGUUGUUCACUGACUCUUGGUUUGUUCUCUGGUUUCUUCCCUGUGUCAAUAAAUAUUCACGAGUUCUGACGACGACGA